AUGCAUAUUAAGCAGAUUCAAGGUCUAUCCGAGCUUACACAUGCCUCAAUCAAUGAAUUCGUGUCUACAGGGGCUGAAGCCAGUCGCGUUCAAGCCCAGGAACGGGCACUGCAGCUAUCGCGCGCUUUGGAAAGGCCUCGAGAUGCUAUUCUGAAGCUUGCCUUCACCCCAGCAAUUCUUAUGGCUGUGAAGAUAGCGCUUGACAUGAAGGUAUUUCCAAUGUUGGCACAAACAGCAUUGCCAGUGCCCUUGGCUAAGCUGGCAGCGGCAAAGCCCGCAGACCCUCUUUUGGUUGGGCGUAUUCUACGUGUUUUAGUCGCAAAUGCCAUCGUGGACGAACCCGUCCCCAACGAGUACUUGCAAACCCAAUUAUCUAGAGAGUUGACGAAGCGACCCUCAAUAGGGGUGAUAGAGUCAAUGUUCUGCGAAUUCUUGCCCUCCUUCCAAAAGACACCGGAAUUUCUGGGGGCCACAGAAUACCGGAACCCUGAUGAUCCCCUGGCUGCCCCGCUGCAGUACGCAAAUAAUCUGGGAAGGCUAGACGGGUUUAGUUGGUUGUGCCAGAAUCCUGAUGCUCUGACUCGCUUCAAUGACUUCAUGGAAGGACAGCGAGCAGACCGUCCCCACUGGUGUGAUUGGUUUCCCGUUCACGAGAGGAUCCUGGACCACCCAGAUCUAACUUCCGAAACACCCCUUAUUGUGGACAUAGGUGGUGGCCGUGGUCAUGACCUUCUCGGGUUUAGACGAAGAUUCCCAGAUGCUCACGGCAAGUUAAUCCUAGAAGACCUCGCGGCGGUCAUAAAUGAAGUUACCGGUGCACAGGAACUUGCCGCAGCAAAUAUCGACACUCAGGUCUUUGACUUUUUCAAUGAGACUCAGCCGGUUCGAGGUGCCAGGGCAUACUACCUCAAGAACGUGUUGCAUGAUUGGUCUGAUGAAAAGGCAACCACGAUAUUUACAAACCUUAAGCCUGCUAUGAAACUUGGAUUCUCGAAAAUUCUCAUAGAGGAAUAUGUUCUCCCUGAUCGGGAUGCUAGCUCUUUACCUUGCACAACGGAUCUUGCUGUGAUGGUCUUUUGCUCAGGCUUGGAAAGAACAAAUCAGCAAUGGGAGAAAUUGCUGGCAGCUAAUGGGCUGCGGGUGAUCAAGUACUGGAGACACGCGGCAGAAUGUUUUGGAAUUAUUGAGGUUGAGCUUACAGGUUAG